UACCCCGACGCACCUGUCUGGACUCACCGGGCCGCCACAACACCCAUGAUGAUCUGGACCGCCGCUCUCCUCACGACUGUCCUUUCACUCGCUCGUCCAGAUGACUACUGUUACGAUGAGCCGGACUGUGAUCCUUACGCGUGGGGAGACACAUUCCCAUCUUGUCACCCUUUACUUGGAGUGCAUCACUCUCCCAUCAACCUGGACGACCAGAUGAUCAGGAACGAGUCUCUGGGACCUUUGCAUCUGGAGGGCUUCGACGCGAUCCAGACGGGCCACUGGACGCUUCAGAACGACGGACACUCUGUCCUGCUGCAUGUUGGCAGUGGCAUGUCGGUGAGCGGCGGAGGUCUUCCAGAUGUGUACCACACCAUCCAGCUGCACUUCCACUGGGGAGGCCCGGCCACCAACGGCUCCGAGCACACGGUGGACAGGCGCAGAUACCCGAUGGAGGUGCACAUCGUCAGCAUGAAGUCCAUCCAUCCCAACGUGACGGCAGCCUUGGAAGAUCCAACUGGACUCGCCGUUCUUGGGUUCUUUAUUGAUGUCGUUUAUGCAGACAAUGUGCACUUCGGACACAUAUCACAAAAGCUGUCGUCUGUCGCUUACAAAGGCCAGACUGCUAAAGUGAAGCCAUUCCCGCUGAUGAGCCUCCUGCCGAAGCACAACAUGAGUCAGUAUUACCGUUAUUACGGCAGCCUCACCACUCCUCCGUGUUCUCAGGCGGUCGUAUGGACCCUCUACGAAGUCCCUAUCUACAUCUCGUGGUCCCAACUGGCUCAGUUUACCUCACAGAUCUUCUCCACAGAGGAGGAUGCUGAGCAGGUGACCCCCCUGCAGAACAACUUCAGACACAUCCACCCCACCUUCAGUCGCAUCGUGUCCGUGUCCAAAGAUGCCAAACUGCUCACAGGGACGGCCGGUCGUCCCCUCAGGUCCGCGCUGUCGGCACAUCUGCUUCCAAUCAUCUUACUGGGAAGCUUUGUCUCCAGACUUUAGCGGAUAUGUGAUGAAUUUGUGUUUCUCGAUGACGCGUUUUUUUAAUCUAAUUUGAAUUUUUACUUCCGUAGAAAUGUUUCAGCAAAGACUAAAUGUAAAAACAAGCUGUGAAGAAGAGUACUGUAAAACACUCAACUGUUACUAAAUGUCUCAUGAUUGUGACCUGCCGUCGUCUCUGCGGGACUAACUCCAUUUUUGUGAAUCAAAUCAUGAUAAAAAAUGUCUCCUUCCCUAACAGUUUAAAAUCAUGUGCAUUGAGCGAUGGUGCCAUUAAAAUGUGCGUGUAUGAAUUUAUGACUCACAUCUUGUUCUUGUUAAGCUACAGUCCUAAUAUAUUUUCACUCUGCUUUAGGUCAGGUAUGUUUGCAACUCCACAAAUAUUACAAUUUAAGAGUUAUAAUAGUGAGACUAACAAUCGGCGUCAUUUUGUCUAAUUCGUAUGUUAGGAACAAGACUGA